CUCUUCCAAACUCUUCCCGUCUCUCACGCAUUCUGCCUUUGUCGCUCUCUCGCUCUUGGGCCCCCCUCGCUCUCCCUCCUUUUUCACUCCCUGCCUCUUCCUCGCUCGCUCGCUCGCUCCCUCUUCCUCGUCCCUUGACUUCGACUCAAGGAAAUGCUCACUUACUGGCGUCCCUUUGUUGCUCCUUACCUCCCCUCCCUCCCUUGGUGCGUUACUUCGGGAAGCGAGCGUCUUUAACUUCUUCUACAGUUCCUUGUUAUGAACGUCACGUUAGUUUCCUCAUCUCUAUCUGUUGUAGGGCCAGAUCAGUUUAGGCGUCAUUGCGUCUCGUGGAAAUAAUCCAGCGCUGUAGGUCUUAAGUAUUUCCGAGGCUUUUUUCAUGAUCGAUAUCAGACCGUGUUCGAGUUUCCGAGAAUCGUUGCGUGCGGUCGCGGGCUGAUUGCUGAGAGAUUAGGUUGCAUGUGCUGGUUUGGAUCCGGGUGUAGACGCGGACCGUGGGUUUGAGAAUGGUUUAAGCUCUGAUUUCUGGUCCAUGAGGUUGGGAGGGGCAUGCUGCGUUUGCUGAUUCAAGAGAGUUCUGGAAUUUGUAGGCAGGAAAGGUAGAGAAUCGACACAGAAUUUAUUUACUUAUUUUGUUAUCGUGAGCACUUCUGAGGGGGUUGGUUUGCGUAAUCAAUUUCGAGUUCUGAAUCACCGAUCUGGUGAUAAGUUUAAGGCACUCCGUGGAGGUGGCGUCGCGAUUGAUUGAUUGAUUGAUUGUUUUUUUUUUUUUUUUUUUUUUUUCUUGAAAGAGGAAAACACCAUCCUGAUUGGCCUCAGUCUUGGUGAGGUGUGGAUUGGUUGAGUGAGAAGGAAGUCGGAAACGUCGUAAGCUUUUGGAGAAGUUUUUUGGAGUACACCGUUGCUGUUGCUUCAACUUGCAGAAUAUUCAGCUCUUUAUUCUCAUCUUUCUUGAAUCCGAAUUGCUGGGAAAAUUUUAGAUAUUCUCGGGAUAAGUGGAGCCAUUUCAAAACGUGCGUUUGUGAAGUCUUGCUUACUGCGAACGGCUUCUCUUCCAUCUUGGUGGAGUCACGAUCAAGAUUCCCUGUUUCGGUGGUAUAAUUACCAUACUUAUCUACUGAAUCGAGGCCCGAAAGGAACUCAAAAUGCAUGGCUGCAGUAAUCGACACCAGUAGUGCAGAGAAAGUUUGUGAGACGUCUGGUAGAUUAGCGAGUGCGGAGGUCAGUGUAAUGGAUGCCAUGGUGCAGAGCGUCAGCAAAUUCGAAGGGACAAUGGAGCCCAGCAUGCUCUCCCCUUACCAUGAUAUGAAACCGUGGAAGGUUCUACUGCCUGCAGAACGUGCCAAGUUGCAAAGUAAAUGCAGGGAGAAGUCCAGGAACAUGUGUGGAGUUGGCUCAGCCAGAACUGGUGAAAGAGUUGGCACAGGGGACCAGAAGGCUGAAGCAAAUGGUCAUGUUCUUCAGAAGUUCGACUCGGAAUCAUCUGGAUCUGAAGAUCCUCGAUCCGAGGAAACUUCAUCGGAUUCAGUUCCUAACUUUAGUAACUCCGAGUAUCAUGUUCUUGCUGUGGAUGAUAGCAUAAUUGACCGAAAAGUAAUCGAGAGACUUUUGAAAACCUCAUCUUACAAAGUUACAACUGUGAACAGUGCCUUGAGAGCAUUGGAGUAUCUGGGACUUUCUGAAAGCUGCUCCUCCUCAGGGAAGCCAAAUAAAGGGGCUGUGAAUCUUAUCAUGACGGACUAUUGUAUGCCGGGGAUGACUGGAUAUGACCUCCUCAAAAUUGUGAAGGCUGAAACCUCAGCUUUUAAGGAGUUACCAGUUAUUGUGAUGUCAUCAGAAAAUGACAGCAAUCGCAUUAAAAGUUGCCUUGCAGAGGGUGCUGAAGAUUUCCUUAUUAAACCUGUACAGUUGGAAGAUGUUCAGCGGCUGCAUGGUCACAUGAGAUCCUCUGCCGCAUCUUCUGGAUCCAAUGAAAGUUCAAAUUCGUCGGUCUGCUUAAAAAGAAAAUCUUCUGAUGGUUUGCAACCGAACAGUCCUGUAAGAAGACCCAGAUAUAGCGGACUAGCUGUUGCUUAAUGUGAACAUUUAACGCUUCUUAGUAUUAAAAAUCAAAGGUCAGGUGCAGCACUGGAUCAAAUUCCAUGUGCUGACGCAAGACUCAAGGUUGGAUGUGUGACGAUUGGAGGAAAUGUAGGUGGGCUGAAGUUCGCCUCGUCAAAGAGAUUUCUCGUACAUAAUUUGUGCGGUUGUGAAUGUGGUAGUCAGCGACCUCAAGAUAAGUACCACAUCGGAAGAUGAAAGAUCAUGAAGGAUUUCAGUGUCUUUAAGUGAAGGCCUUGAUAAGCUACAAGACCUGAGGGAGUACGCACCAGAGGCCAUGCUGCUAAGCAAUGUCAGUGAUGAUACCAAGAAAUACUAAAAGGGCCUGUGAUUGUAUUUCUCAUGGAGAGAGAAAGAGAAAUCUGUACCUGAUCUUAGAAAAUGUGUAUCAUAGAUGAUGCAGCAACAGUAGGUGCUGAAUUUUUUGCCACACUUGCCUAGAAUUUUUGGCUAGUGUCUGGUUUCCUGCUUGGAACAGGACAGCUUCCAAGUACACACCCAUGCUACAUCUGUGUGGUCUCACCUACAGAGCAGUUUUUCCUCAAGCCUCUGAAAAAUGUGAAGACCUUUUGCUAUUCUGAUCACUAUCCAAAAUGCAUGCAAAUUUUGCAUGUUGGCGAAACUAGCCAACAGAAACAGCUGGCCCCUAACUUUGUGAAAAUUCUCUCAUUCUACAAA